CCUGUGGGUCCUCCUGGGGGAGAUCGCGGGGGUCACCGCCGGGAACCGCGGGGGCAGCCCUGAGGUACCUGUGGGCCUCGGGAAAACCGCAGGGCGACCCUGAGGAAAUUCUGGGUUCGGGGCGGGUAACUGAGGCUCCAUCUGUUUCCCAUCUCUCCAGGAUGAGAGAGGUUUGGGUUCAGCUUUUCCCCUCUCCCUGUAGUUGAUAGUUUUGGAACCAGAGGUGAUGCUGGAGUCGAGAUGGCAGACAGCGUGAAAACCUUCCUUCAUGACCUUGUCAGGGGAAUUAAGGACUCCAUCUGGGGCAUCUGUACCAUCUCUAAGCUGGAUGCCCGGAUCCAGCAGAAAAGGGAAGAGCAGAGGCGAAGGAGAGCAAACAGCGCGCUCGCACAGCGGAGGUUUCACAUGGAAGAGAAGAAGCAAGAGAAUGAACCCCGGAUAGUGAGCCGGAUAUUUCAGUGUUGUGCCUGGAACGGAGGUGUAUUCUGGCUUAGUCUCUUCUUGUUCUACCGCGUAUUUAUACCUGUUCUUCAGUCAGUCACGGCACAGAUCAUCGGUGACCCUUCCUUGCACGGCGAUGUCUGGUCCUGGCUGGAGUUCAUCCUCACCUCCAUUUUCAGCGCCCUCUGGGUCCUGCCCCUCUUCGUGCUCAGCAAGGUUGUCAAUGCCAUCUGGUUUCAGGACAUUGCAGAUCUAGCGUUUGAGGUUUCCGGCAGAAAGCCUCAUCCCUUUCCCAGCGUCAGUAAAAUCAUCGCCGACAUGUUGUUUAACCUCCUGUUGCAGGCGCUGUUCCUCAUCCAGGGGAUGAUCGUGAGCCUCUUCCCCAUUGAUAUCAUCGGCCAGCUGAUCAGCCUCCUCCACAUGUCACUGCUCUACUCGCUCUACUGCUUCGAGUACCGCUGGUUUAACAAAGGAAUCGAAAUGCACCAACGGUUAUCCAACAUCGAGAGAAACUGGCCCUAUUACUUUGGCUUCGGCUUACCGCUCGCGUUCCUCACAGCAAUGCAAUCCUCCUACAUCAUCAGCGGUUGCCUCUUCUCCAUCCUUUUCCCUCUCUUCAUCAUCAGCGCCAACGAAGCCAGGACCCCCGGCAAAACCUACCACUUCCAGCUCCGUCUCUUCUCCUUGGUGGUUUUCCUCAGCAACAGACUCUUUCACAAGACCGUUUACCUUCAGUCUGCCCUGAGCGGUGCUUCCUCCUCCGCCGCCGAACGCCUCCUCUCCCCCCAGCCCUCUCCCGCCAAACACGCGGCUGCUCCGGGGCACUGAGCCGCCAUCAGACUCUGGGGGGGGACAACACGGGCCACCCCUUGGCCCCUGGCAGCGUUCCCCAGGGACGGGCAGGACCCAGCGCCCGAGGCCUUGCUGUUGGUUCUGCUAAUUAAUUAUUUUUUUUGGGGGGGACACAGGGACAACCCAACCAAAUCAGGAUUUUUAACACCUUUGUGAGUUUCGAAGAGCCGGGUCGCGCCCUGCACUUGUUUUAUAGCGGACUCUUUUGUACACCGGUGCCGUGCCAUCCCCCCGCCAGCACGGUGGGACCCCUGUGCCCCCGGUUUGCCCCCGGGGGAGCUGCGGUUGUUGGGGGGGCUCCCACUGCGUUCAAGCACAGCGUUCUCCCCCCCCCGUGCAUGCAACGUUUCUGUAGGGGCAGGGAAGGAACCGGGUGACGUUAAAACAAAAAUCCCUUUGGUUUA